UACAGAGCUUGCGGCAAUUCCCCCGAUGUCGCGUCGUGGGGCCAGGAGAAGGACGACUGCGGCGUUGCACUGGAAACUUCGCAUGCUUUUUCAAAUCCCUCGACGUCCCUUUUUUGGAUUUUCUAGGGUUUCUCGGCAAGGCAGAAGCUUCUUGGCAAGUUAGUGCGUUGCACUGGAAACUGCUCAUGAGCUCAGACUGAAGGCAAGUAAGUGCUUCUUGAAGGAAACAAUUCUGUUUUCGGUUUUUGAAGAGGAUUUCGAAAUUAAGGGAUUUUGCGUGCGUGCUGCUGUUAUUUUGAUUUUGUAAGAGUAAUAUAAAGUUGAUUUUUGAGCUUGAGAAGCAUAGCUGAAGGUUAGUUCACCGUUGCUGAGAAUCUAGUCACAGUCUCUUGAUAUUGGGGUUUUUUGAAGGAAGGAUAAUGGAAAGGUCGCUGCUUGCCAUCUUAUUAGAUGGUCAAGCUGCCCGAGGAGAAUCUAUUUUCAACACGAUAAAGUUUGCAGUGCUGCCUAUUGCGAAGGUUUUCACGAUGUGCUCCAUGGGUUUUCUCAUGGCCUCCAAAUAUGUAAAUAUUCUUCCUGCAAAUAGCCGAAAGAUUCUCAAUGGGCUCGUCUUCUCACUCCUACUUCCCUGUCUAAUUUUUUCUCAACUUGGGCGAGCAAUUACAUUGCAGAAAUUGCUAGAUUGGUGGUUUAUUCCGGUCAACAUUAUCAUGGGUACAAUAUCAGGUUCCUUGAUUGGCCUCAUUGUUGCAUCAGUCAUUAGACCUCCAUAUCCAUAUUUCAAGUUCACCAUCAUACUUAUUGGUACAGGUAAUAUUCAAAACGCGAAGGAGCAGUUUAUUUUCUUUUAUUCUAUUAGGCAGGAUUUUCUGGUGCUUCAGAAUCGUUCUAGUAUUUUUUGACAAGUACUCUGGUGAAUUUGGUUGGAAUUCAUCUUUUAUCAAACUUGACUUCUGUAUAUAUUUUUUC